CAUUCUUUUCCUGUUAACAAAUUAAAAAAUCAGGGUUUUCUUCUGCUUUACGGAGGCAAAACAAUAAAUUGCAGGGGUAGUCAGUAAGUCUUACUAAUCGAAAGACUUUCUCUCGCUGAAUUAGUUAAUGGAGAGGUUGAAAUCUUCGGUUCCUGACAAUCUUAAAAGCGCCGUGGCAAAUGGCACCCUUGAUAAUCUUCUUGAAACAUCUUCUUCUAUUCUCGACUUGUUUCUUAAUUUACAGCAAUUUCACGAAAUGGUUAGGGAGUUAGUUGACCUGAAGGCAUCUCGUUUUGGCAAGAGUAAUUAUACUGCUUUAGAGUUGAAACAAAGAGGAAAUGAAUAUUAUUUGAGUGGAGAUCACCAGAAAGCCUUAAGUUGCUACUCCCAGGCAUUACGUGUUGCGCCAGUUGGUGCUGAUGACAAGGGGAAAAAUCUUGUAGCAACAAUUUAUGUGAAUCGAGCUGCUGUUUUGCAUAAAAUCGGUCUCUUGGUGGAGUGUAUACGAGACUGUAAUCGAGCGAUUCGUAUUUCUCUUUGUUAUGCAAAGGCAUGGUACCGAAGAGGCAAAACUAAUAUCUCUUUAGGAAAUCUUGAAGAUGCAAUUUAUGAUUUCACCAUUGCUAAAGAUAUGGAGUCAUCCUUGAGUGGAAAGAGACAAAUACAAAGUGAAAUGAAGAUACUUUUGGGACAUCAUAAGACAACAAUUACUACUCCAAUUCAACACAAUGUUAACAACUUGGCAAAUUUGGAUCAUCUGUCUAGUGUGCCACAACAUAUAGAACUACAAUGUGUGACAACACUGCAUAAAGGAAGGGAGAUGGUUUCCAAGUGUGACAUUCCGCCGACUUCCAUUGUUCAUGUUGAAGACCCUUAUUCUGCAAUAAUAUCAAAGCAGUAUCGAGAAACUCAUUGCCAUUACUGUUUGAAUGAGUUACCACCUGAUUCAGUCCCCUGCCCCUCAUGUGCCAUACCAUUGUACUGCUCAGAAAACUGCCAAGUUCGAGCAGGAGGAGAGUUUAGGACUGAGCCGAAGAACUUUACCACUCCUAAGAAUUUUUCUGAUGAUCUUGUAGAGUACAUUGCAGGCAUUACUUUACGCCUUGAAACUUCUUCAGAAAAGGAGCUUGUUCGAGAACAUCAACAUGAAUGCCGGGGGUUCAACUGGCCUGCUAUACUUCCAUCCGAUGUAGUUUUGGCGGGUCGGAUGCUAGUAAAGUCUUUGGAGGAAAGAAAAGUUUCUACACAGCUUUCCAAGUUUUUGUUGACUUUGGAGCUUUCUCACAGUUAUGCCAAAAUGCCUCCAGAAAGCAAAUUAGAAUUACAUAUAUAUUCCAUUGUAUUGCUGUGGUGUCUCCAGCAUUCUUACAGCUCUGAACUGUCAAUAAGUGGAGUUUCGGUAUCUCAGCUUAGAGUUGGUCAAGCUAUUUAUUUAACUGGCAGUCUGUUCAACCAUUCCUGCCAGCCAAACAUCCAUGCAUAUUUUCUUUCACGUAAACUUUUCGUAAGGGCCACAGAGUUUGUGGCAGUAGGUUGUCCUCUCGAGUUGUCAUAUGGUCCGGAGGUUGGAAAGUUGAACUGUAAAGAUCGUGAUAGGUUUCUUGAAGAUGAAUACUUCUUUGAGUGUCGGUGCCGUGGUUGUUCUGAAGUUAAUAUAUCUGAUCUUCUUAUGGAUGGGUUUUGUUGUAGUAAUCCUAAUUGUUCUGGCGUUGUUCUGGAUAGCAAUGUUUGUAGCUUUGAAGAACAGAAGUUUCAGCACUUCUAUACUGUUUCUAAAAGAAGCUGCCAAAGGCACCAUUUGCUGGUGAGUAAAAACUAUAAUUUUGACAUUAAUGAUGUGGCUGAGCUUUUACUUGAGAGAAAAAAAGGCUCGCUUCGUGUCACUCCUGGGUCUUGUUUGAAAUGUGGCAACUAUCGUGAUCUGAAAUAUUCUCAUGCAGCAGUGGAAAAAGCUUUAAUUUACAUCGAAAGGUUGCAGGAUUCAGUUUUGUCCUGCGAAAUCUCAGUUACUACACUUUCAGAUGCGUUGCGAUCUCUUGAUGUGCUCAAAUCUGUAUUACAUGCAUGCAGCAAGGGCAUUGCGGAAGUACGACUGGGUGACGGUGCGCAGAUUGGAUGCAGGCAACUGGCUGGCAGGUGCACGGCUAAAGACUUGUGAGUUUGCACAGGUGCAGGGAGGCUACGGCAGUGGUGCCUGGACAGGGCAGCUGCCUCUGGAAUCGGCUAAGAGUGGAUCUGCAUGCAACUGAUGUGUGUUUGUGGCAGAUAAUGCUCUUGAAAUGGCUAACUGGGAGGCUGUGCAGAAGGUGGCGCAGCUGGAGGAUUUGGUCUUACAGUAGGGCUUGGUGGAUACUGGCCGGGCUUUGGUGGAUACUGGCCGGGCUUUGGUGGUUAGCUGCUAUAAUGGUGGUGGUUGACUAUUAAGGCUAGCCUCCUUAGAGUUUUUUUUUUUAAAUUUCGGCAAUGGAAACUGAUUAGAAUUUGUAAAAAGGAAUUUGAGUUUCUUUCCUAGAGCUCUAGAACCUUUUCAGGAAUAAUGUGUUGUUUUUAUUAUUGAAUAAUAUGCCCCAAUAUAU